CCUUCGUCUUCCUUUUCUCUCAACCACAGACGAAAGCUUUUCCGAUUUCGUUUUCUUCUUCUAGAUCCUCUUCUUCUUCUCUCUUAUCUUGUUUCAGUCGAUACUCUUUCAUCUUCUUCUUCUUUCGUCUUCACUCGUUUCUCUGGAUACUCCUUGAAUCCGAGAAAUCCACCGUGAAUCUGAGGAAUCCGCCGUGUCUUCUCCGCUGUGUGUGCUCUUUGUUGGUUUACAAUGCCUAUUACCAGAAGAGGAGCUUCUAGUUUUAGAAGUGAACCAUCUUGUUCUAGAAGUGAAAAAUCUACCGAGCUUAGAAGUCCCAAAAGACAAAAGCAAUCGGAUCCAAAGCAUCCAGAGAUAGGAGCUGCAGUGGAUGAUGUCAUGGAAGAUCAAGGAGUCGAACCAUCUCCGGAGAAUGUCGUGUCUGACCAUGAGGAAAUAGAGGAGAUGGAUGAGGAUGAGGCUUUACCUCUUCAGCCUGAGAGUUUUUUCUUUAGUCCUGAGGAGUAUGAUAAGACUUUGAAGAUAUCAACAAGGUGUACCAUUGGUAACACGCUGGAUGCCAUUAGUGUGAAGCUGAGUGACAAAGAAAUGAAGUGGUUUAGAGAUGAGAAGCAGUUCAAGCACGUCUUUCACUUGGUUAGGAAAGGGAAAAAUAAGCUGCAAGGUAUGUUCAUGCUUCUUAUGCGGACUGCUUCAACACAGAAGAAGAGGGAAAGCUGGUUUGUGGUGAAUGGCGUUCCAAUACGCUACUCGAUGAGGGAACAUGCUUUGAUCACUGGAUUUGACUGUCAUGACUAUGCAUCAUAUCAUAAUGCAAACAGUUUUGGUAGUUAUGCCUUUGUGGAGAGGGUCUUUGGAACAAGAAGUGUAAGAGAAGGAGCAGGAGAAGAGUUCGGCUCUUAUUUUGGUAUCUGAUGAUGAGUAUCGCUUGUAUGCUGGUGUGUGAUGUUAAUGUAUGAAUCUGUGUUUAGGUACAACUGAUACGAUUAGGUACAACUAUGUUUCUGGGUUUAUGUAUUUUGAUUAGGUAUGAAUCUUUGAAUCUGAAUCUAAUUAUGUAUGAAUAUUUUAAUCUGAAUCUUAAUAUUUUUAUUUAUGAAUCUAUGUAUUGAAAAAAAAA